CCCACUCCGCCCCUUCGCAGCUGGCCUUCGGCCCCGGCCGGAGGAGGCGGCGGGCAGGCAGGGGCUGCGAGAUGUCGCACGGAGCUGGGCUCGUUCGCACCACGUGCAGCAGCGGCAGCUCCUCGGGACCCGGUGCUGGCGCGGGGCAGCCGGCCGCGGGCUCGUCGGAAGGGCUGCUGGACCCCUUCUACCCCCGCACCCACGCGGCGCUGCUGAAAGUGGCGCAGAUGAUCACACUGCUGAUUGCCUUCAUCUGUGUGAGGAGCUCUCUGAAGAUCACCUACAGUGCCUACAGCUACUUUGAAGUGGUCACCAUUUGCAACUUGAUCAUGAUCCUGGCCUUUUACCUGGUCCACCUCUUCCGUCUCUACCGUGUGCUCACCUGUAUCAGCUGGCCCCUGUCGGAGCUCCUGCACUAUUUAAUCGGUACCCUGCUCCUCCUAAUCGCAUCCAUCGUGGCGGCCUCCAAGAGUUACGGCCAGAGUGGACUGGUGGCUGGAGCGAUCUUCGGUUUCCUGGCCACCUUCCUCUGCCUGGCGAGCGUGUGGUUGUCUUACAAGAUCUCGUGUGUGACCCAGUCAACAGAUGCAGACGUCUGAUGACGCUCCAGCACCACACUGCUCCCCCUGGCUCUGCAGGAGGCCCUGCAGGACCGAUGGCCCAGCCCACGGGAGGGUCAUGGGCAGCGGCCCCAGGAGAGACCAGGGUCUGUGUCCCGUGCCAGAUCCCCUGCCGGUGGUCAAGGGAGGGGCUUUUCCUCUGGCUCCUAAGCUGCUCCAGCCUCUCUCUCCAGCUUUCCUCAUUUCUUCCCUGUCUGGAAAAGAAAAGCAGCCUCCAGGGAAAUCUGGUCUCUCCCUCCUGCUUUAGAACUGCCUCAGGGACUUGAUGACCCCGCUCAAGGUGAAGGAGGGGUUUCUGAAUUCUCCUGCGGAAACCUGCCUUUCUCCCCAGCCUUUAGGGGUAGGGACACUGCCUUAAGUCCUCUUAUAAAAACACAGCCACCUCUUAAUUUAUCUAGCUUGGAAAUCUGGUUUUGAAGGUACCCUCUUUCUUAAAGGGAGGCCUGUGGAAGCUCCAUGGGGUCAGACUGGCCCCAAACAGGAGAUCUCACUGCUCCUUUCCUGUUCUUACCAUUGUGAACAUGUUUUUUAUGUGUUUUUUAAUAAAAUGUUGACUUGGCCAA